AUGGAAGUGCUGUCAGUGGAUUUGCAGAUGUGCUCCGGAUGUUCUCACACCCAGCAAGAAAUCGCCGUAGAGAUUGAAAGGACGCACAAUCUCACCCUCAGCAUGCAAUUCAGCUCAGGACAACUGCUGUCAAGCUAUGUGCAUCACCAGGGGAUGCCGUUUGGUGAUCCCGAUUUCAACCCACUCAUUCAACCCUUUCCGGGAGUCCCGUUGCCAACCCUGUCUACCACAGACUGGCUGGGCCUCACUGACCAGGAGCGGCUGCAGCAGAACGCUUCGGCCUUCUCCAAUUUGCCGGUGUACUUAGCCAGCGUGAAAUGCCAGCAAAUGGAUCUGAAUCCAUUGGAAACCGAGUUACACCGUCAGCUCGAAUCUUCAAGCCUGCGCUGUCUGGGUCUGGAGAAUAACCUCAAAUCCAUCAUGUCUUCCCUGGACAUCGCGCCGGGUCCAGCCGUAUCCGCUCAGCCUCUGGAACCUGACAACGCCUUCCUUGCGAAACUCACAGGCUACUACGUUUGCCAUCUCUUCCGAGACUGGGUCAACAGAUGUGAAAAGGACAUUGCCUUAUUAACUAAGAAAUAUCCUGUCUAA